GUAAUCAUGAAGAACUAAGUGAGACGUUGUUUUCCGCAGUUUCUAGGGAAAGUUCGAAGUUUCUGAGGCCAAGACUAAUACACAUUGUUGUUCUGGACUUUACCCACUAUGCGCGCUACGAAAUUGGUUUGAUCCUUUGUUUUGGCGUUUUCUAGUCAUGUAUCAGCAAGAAUACAAUCAGAACUACGGCCAGCAUGGAUCGUACAACCAGUAUGAUGGACAUCAUGGUGGCCACAACAGUAACCUGGCUGAGAAUAACUCAUAUGCACCUCGCAUUGUUUUGGAUGAUUAUAACAGUGACCUGAACUUUGUAGUUGAGCCCGGUGGUGUGACAGGAUCCAGUUUGCACCAGGAUGGCUUUGAAUAUAUGUGGGCUGGAGCGAGGGCAACUCACGGUGUGCGGACUGGGAAGGUAUGCUUUGAAGUUCGUGUGCUAGAAAAAUUGACAGUAACAGUGCCAGAAACAGAAACAAAUCCACAUGUUGUAAGGGUUGGAUGGUCUGUAGAUGAAGCAAACCUGCAGGUCGGAGAAGACAAGUUGUCUUACGGUUAUGGUGGCACUGGCAAAGUUUCUGUAGACAACAAGUUUUUUGACUAUGGUGAGCCAUACUCUACUAAUGACACUAUUUGCUGCUGUAUCAACCUCGAUUCUAAUCCGAGAGUUGUGCUUUUCACCAAAAAUGGAAAAUACCUUGGUGUUGCUUUCCGUCUUGGUGCUGAAGCAAGUGGAAAGGCGUUUUUCCCUCAUAUCACCGUUAAGAACAUGCGCCUUACGGUCAAUUUUGGCCAGUAUGAACCAUACUUUCCACCUCUCCAGGGAUUUAGCUUCAUCUCAAGACUACCACCACAAUGUUUGCAACGUGGCUCAGCAGGUCCGGUGUCAAGGAGCGCUUGUGAAGUUAUCAUGAUGGUAGGCCUACCUGCGGCUGGCAAAACCGUCUGGGCCGAGAAAUACGCCCGUGACCAUCCAGAGAAGAAGUACUGCAUCCUUGGGACAAACUCUAUCAUGGACAGGAUGAAAGUUAUGGGUUUGACGCGCAAACGGAAUUAUCACGGACGGUGGGAUGCGCUCAUUAAACAAGCUACUGACAUCCUGAAUAAAACAUUAAAAAUUGCCGAGCUGAAGAAUCGCAAUUAUAUCCUGGAUCAGACCAAUGUGUAUUUCAAUGCUCGGAGAAGGAAGAUGAAUAACUUCCGUGAGUGCCGCAGGAUUGCGGCUGUUGUUAUCAACACCAACGAAGUUUUGAAAGAGCGAGCUUUGAAGAGAGAGGAGGAGGAAGGCAAGGUUGUCCCUGAAUCGGCGGUCAUGGAGAUGAAAGCGAACUUUGUGCUACCUGAAGUCGGUGAGAUUUUUGAGGAAGUGUGGUAUAUUGAAGAAGACAAAAAUAAUUCUGAACGUCUUGUAGCCGAGUUUCAGUCUGAAGGAAAGGCUUUCAAGGAAAAUGAGAAUAAACGAAAGCCAAAGGAGGAUAAAAGUUCAUCCUCGGAUUUCAAGCGAUACUGUAACGACCGGCAAGGACCUUCUGUACCUUUGCCAAGAGGAUCACAAGGUCAAUACUCAGCUCAUAAUGAUCGUGGAGGUUUCCAGGGAAAUUACCAUGCAAGAGAUGGCUCAAGCAAUGUGCCUGGUCGUGUUCAUCCACCGGGGAGUCAAGGAGUACCUGGGAGACCCUAUAAUGAUUUUGGUCCUCCCCUGGGACACCCAAGACCAGGAGACCAAUGCAGAGAUUAUGGCGGUGGUCCUCGCAAGGGGAACAGUAACCAUUGGCGCCCCCAAGGAACAUACGACUCUGGGCCUCAGAAUAGGGGCAAUGGUUAUGGACUUUCUUACAGACAGCAAGGAAGCUACGGGAGUAACUAUGGUCACAAUCAGGGACCGUCAUAUGUCUAUUCUCCAUAUCAACCGCCCAGCAGUGGCGACGCUAGAUACAACCAAUCAGUGCCCGCAUAUGGUCAGCAAUAUGGGCCAAAUUACGGAAGCCAAAAUAACGCACAACUUUACCCCAGGGAUCGUGGAUAUUAUGGAGGGGGAGGGCAGGUGCCCCAGAGAGGAAGAACGGACCAGUAUAGUUGCAGAUUAUUCGUUGCAUGGUGGAAUUGGUCUGCCAUUUUCUCACCAGUUGUCGAGGUAAAUGUCGUCAAAAUAUCCUCAGUAUAAGCAUAGACACUGGUGUGAGGAGAGGGCAAUGGUUUCUAGUCUGUCCAUGAAUAGGAUGGCCAGAAUGCUUAAAAUGUUAGAACCCAUAGGUAGGCCUUCUUUCUGGCGGAAAACUCGACUAUUGAAGAAGAAGUACAUGUUGUUUAGCGUAACUGUGAGAAGGUCUAUUAUCUCUAGUUUGGUGGGAUGGAGUAUUUGGGUAUAAACUCUAUCGUUUGGGUCGGUCAUGAUGAUGGUGAUGGCUUAUUGUACGGGUCUUGAGGUGAACAAGGAUACCAUAUCGAGGCUGCAUGGAUAUGGUUGCGUUUUACUGGUGGUAAAAUCGCCGGCUUGGAUACACUUGAGCUCAAGGCUGUUUUCUAGAUUUUCUAGGACGUCCUUCAGCUUUGGUUUAAGGGCAUUGGCGAACAGCCAUGAGAUACGCUGGUUUGCUCCAUUAGUGUUAGAUAUAAGGGGUCGUAUUUUCAUAUCUGGACCAGUUUUAUGGGUCUUGAUGAGAUGGUAGAACAGGGGAGAUGGCGUUAGAGUUGAUGAAGCUUUUCCGAAUAAAGGGAGGGAAAUGUAGGUAGAUGCUUUUCCAAGUUGAGUUGACUUUGUUCAGCCUAUUGAGGUAUCAUGUUAGUGUUUUUCAAAGUACAAAUAGAAAGUGACCACCUGUACAGUCGUCGAUGCACUUCGUUAUACUUCGACGGUUGAGUUUGAACAUGAAUACCCACUUUCAGUUACCCCUAUGCGAUUGGCUUUAUCCAAUGCCAAAUUCUUUCCUUCUGAUCACGUAAUUCUUUCUUUUUUCCAACGCUAUAUACUGUAAUUUUUGAUUCCUUAUUUCAUUCUUUGACGCGGGAAUAUCCGAUGGACAUACCAGAGGUUUUAAUCACUAACAAAUGCAGCAAUCACAUCAAUUCCUAGAGUAUUUUUUGGUCAAAUUCUCUCUGAAUAUUCAGAUUACAGACUUCAGCUCAAUUAUUAAACAAUAAUAUAUGGGCCGCAAACAACUAUCUUUCGCCGUAAAGUUCGAGUUAAGUCAGUACAAAUUAAUUCUAGUUAGUCAACACGGCAAACUUAAAAGCAUCGGUUUCAUUAUCGUUUGAUAGUGCGACAAGAAAACUCCCUUUAAUCUCUUUCUUAAUGAAUGAAAAGCAUGCUAUUUUAAUAACCUGUCAUCUAUCAGGGCCGGUAAUCAAUAUAUAUAUUCCCACUGUAUGUUAGGAAACCCUGAACUCGAAUAAAGCUUUGUAAAACGACCAAGAAUGGAAAAAAGGGAAAGUGAAGGAAAUUUAGUCGGUGGGAGGUGGUAAACAAAGAACCAAUAGCACUAGGAAACACCUUUUUGAUGCACCAUAGGUAUACACCAGCAACAUAAGUUCUCGUUGAGAAUUAAUAUCAUAAAUACGAUCGAUCUCAGAGAACUCGUAAAGAACUAGUAAUAAUAGUCAAUUUUUUUCUAUACGCUGACGCAAAUAUCCUUUUACAAUUCAUCGUGAU